AUUGCAUCGGUGAAAGAUCUCAUUCGCAAUAUCAAUUCUAAUUUCCACGUCACAAGCCAGUGCAUCAUUGUUUCUGCCCAGCCUGCCAACUACGAAUUCCCUUGCCAUGCUCCGAAUACCCCAACUAAUGGACGAAACGUCGACAGCCACCGAAGAUGAAAUAUUCGGGGCAAAAGAGGUCUCAGGAUCAGUGACGGCCUCUGUAUCCCUCGAGUUCUUCAGGGAACACGGCCUUUUCUACCAGGAAGAUGCGGUAGUUGGAGGGAUCGUGGACGCCUUAGACCAGCAGGGACUCUCUAGCAGCCCUGACAGCUUCAAAUUUUUCAGCGGCUGCAUUCUUGGAGACGACCGUAUUCAAUCAAUUCUACGGCCAUACCUUAUCCACCCCAACCCACAAGUCUGUCGCUCCUUUGGUAGCGAUCCAGGACACAUAUUUGCGUUUUCGCUCGGUCCGACUCACGGUGACCGCAUCGUGGUCCACAUGUGGGGUGCUGGCUCACAGGUGGUGUUCUACGACAGCUCACACAAGAAGCCGUUGAAGGGUGUGUUGGCUGCAAACGGAUUGCUCGAGAUUCCGUUGGCCUCCUUGAGGAAGAACGGCUGCAAGCCAAUCGAAGUUCAAAUGGAGAAGGGCGGCAUCGCAAUCCUGCAUUAUAGGCACGCAUUCCAAAUCAAAACCGGUUUUACAAACGCAUAUGGAUUGGAAAGCCCAACGAAUGAUGAUACUGGUACACGGGGUUCGUGAUGAUAUUUGAUACGUAGCAUGA